CCUGGGAACCCCAACCCCAGGGGCAGCCAGCCCAUCAACCUGAACCACUAUGCCACCAAGAAGAGCGUGGCUGAGAGCAUGCUGGACGUGGCCCUCUUCGUGUCCAACGCCACGCGGCUGAAAGCGGUGCUGGAGCAGGGGCCGUCCGCCCACUACUACACCACCCUCGUCACCCUCAUCAGCAUCUCUCUGCUCCUGCUCGUGGUCAUUGGCAUCCUGCUUGUGGUCAUCGCGCGGCUGAACCUCAAUGAAGUAGAAAAGCAAUGGCAGCUCAACCAGCUCAACAACGCCGCCACCACCCUGGUCUUCAUCACUGUCAUCAUCAACGUCUUCAUUACAGCCUUCGGGGCACAGAAGACAGGCUUCCUGGCCGCCAGGACCUCAAGGAAUCCCCUCUGAACACAGCCUGAGACCCAGGUCCUGGCUCUGGAACUGCUUCCACCUUUCCUCCCUGAUCUGUUAGGCUGAUG